GCAUCGAGCAAGAUGGCAGCUUCCGAGACGGUUAGGCUACGGCUUCAAUUUGAUUACCCGCCGCCAGCCACGCCGCAUUGCACUGUCUUCUGGCUUCUGGUCGACCUGAACAGAUGCCGAGUCGUCACGGAUCUCAUCAGUCUCAUUCGCCAGCGCUUCGGCUUCAGUUCUGGGGCUCUCCUGGGCCUCUACUUGGAGGGGGGGCUCUUGCCCCCCACCGAGAGCGCACGCCUGGUCCGGGACAACGACUGCCUUAGAGUUAAAUUAGAAGAGAGAGGAGUUGCUGAGAAUCCUGUAGUAGUCAGUAAUGGUGACGGUACUCAUUCGUUACCUAGAAAAGCAAAGAAGCGGGCAUUUAAGUUGGAGGAGGAUGAAGAAACUGAACUAGGUUACAGAGACUCAAAGAAGCAUUGGAAGAGGCAAGAGAAUAAUAACAAUGAGAGGACCUUGGAUCUAGAACCAAGAGCUGUCACAAAUCAGAGUGUGAGGAAAAAAAACAAGAGGAAAAACAAAGCCACAUAUGGUGUAGUGGAUGAUGAUGACGAAGAGACCAAAAGAAAAUCACCAAAGAAAAAGGAGAAAUGUGAAUAUAAAAAACAGGCGAAGAAUCCCAGGUUGUCUAAAGCACAGACAGUGAAAGAGUGGACCAUGCAGAAGUGUAGUCCUCCAAAGGGUUCUCCUGCUAGAAACAGCCUUGUUAAAUCCAAAAGGAAAGGAGGCGUGGGCAUUCCUACAGAAGAGGGUCCCAGUUCCUCCUCAGAGUCUGAGUCUUAUCACGAAUCAACCAGUGAUGGUCUCAGCAAUGCCAUCUUGGAGGUCAGAAAUUCCUCAGAGAAAACAUCCACUGAGUUAUCAAAGGAAGGACCCUCUACAAAAAACACAACUGCAAACAAAGUGGCUCCUAAAACUGGCUUUAACUCUACCCCCACCAAGGGCAAGACAACCAGACCAUCGUCUUCUAGUUCAGACUCUAGUUCAGAGUCAGACGACCGAUGUGCGAUGUCAAAGAGCGCCCCGGAGCGGGCUGCAGGUUUCUCAAAGACAGGAGGCGUCUUUGCAGGAAGAGGUUGUCCAGGUCCAGGGCCAUCAUCACAGACUCCAAAUGCUACUGGAUGGAAGCACUCUGACUCAAAUGGAGGCAGACAGGCUCCUGGGCCUCCUCCCAAUGUGACUCUCCCCACCAGUUUGGGAAGAGGUUGGGGUAGAGGAGAGGACUUUCUUUCUUGGAAGGGAGCUAGGGGUCGGGGCCUGCGGGGGAGAGGUCGAGGACGAGGGCACGCUGUUUCCUGUCUUUUAAAUAGAAAUGCUGACUAUCAGAAGCAGCAGCAAUUAAAUGAAGUGAUAACAAAUUCAUCUACUAUUAUCCAGAAUCCAGUAGAGACACACAAGAAGGACUACAGUCUGUUACCACUGUUAGCAGCUGCCCCUCAAGUCGGAGAAAAGAUUGCAUUUAAGCUUUUGGAACUAACAUCUGAUUAUUCUCCUGAUGUCUCUGACUACAAGGAAGGAAAAAUAUUAAGCCACAAUCCAGAGACCCAGCAAGUAGAUAUAGAAAUUCUUUCAUCCUUACCUGCCGUGAAAGAACCUGGGAAAUUUGAUUUGGUUUAUCACAAUGAAAAUGGAGCUGAGGUAGUGGAGUACGCUGUGAUGCAGGAGAAGAGGAUCACUGUUUUUUGGAGAGAGUUGAUUGAUCCAAGACUGAUUGUUGAAUCUCCGAGUAAGACAUCAAGGACAGAGCUUGCCUGAGUGUGACCUCUCCACCUCAUAGUCUAUAAAUGUCUUGUUUGUGAAAGUGACUAUAACCUGAACUUUAAAAAAAAAAAAAAGAUUUGAAAGUUGUAUGCAUUUGUUGUCAUCUUCACUUUACUGCAUAGGAAAACAUCUACCUCACCAUUUAAAGUAACAUGGGUGUUGCUAUUGUAGCCUCCCCCACCCCCUUUUCAGGUUUAAUUUUAGUAACAAAAUUUAAAACAUGACAUUCCCUGCAGGCAUUGUUAGUUACCAAUAGGUAUGGUUUCUUCUCUUUUUAUAUAUUUUUUGACCAUCAAGUAGCCAUCAUCAGUAGGAGUUUAUAAUACCGAGGAGUACAGGAAAGUGCUGCGUAUCUUGUCUCAGUAAGUUUUAUUAAGUAACAUUUUAAAACAUGAAAGCAUGUUACUUGACCUAAUUUUUUAAAUUUGAGUUGUUCCAUUAAAUGUGGAACAUCUUAUAAAUUUAAAGUAUUUUAUACUUGUAAUUGUCAAGAAUUAACAAGUAGUUGGGUUUGUGGCAGGCCGUGAAUUAAGGAAUCCUUUCACAUUUUUCUCAACUUUAAAAUUAAGGAUUCUCAGGGCCAUGUGU